AUGUCUCUUUACACGGUUUUGGACAUUUCAGAAGACGCGUCGGACUUUGAGCUGGAGCAGGCCUUCCGCAGCCGAUCGCUGCAGUUUCUUCCGACGCUAGACUCGCGGGAUCAUAGGGAGUUUUACGCGGUUUCGGAUGCGUUUCAGAUCCUCAGAAACCACCGCACAGAAUACAACACCAACUCCUCCAACCUCUACUGGCUGUCGGAUCAACUGCAACUCACAGUUCCCGCAGUCGAAUACUUUUGCCUGCUAUUCGGCAUGCCGCAAAUGGAACCGUUCAUCGGCACCGUCCCCGUGCUCCACUGGAUGCUCAAUCUCGCGCCAGAAUUCCCAUUUGUGGACCGAGAAAUCAAACGAGUGCCGCUGCACAUUCUUAACAUGCUGGACCGCGCACGUGAUAAGCGGCCCUACGACUCGUCCUCGGCACGUGACCACAAUUCCCGCUACCAUCGCAACCGGUCACGUGACGCCCACUCGCUCUUUAUCGACCCCUAUCUCCGGCGCGUCUCGGCCCAAGCCUAUGUUCUGGAGCGUGGUCAAGAGAUUGAUGUCAGUAAGCAGGUUGACCGGUUGAGGUUUCUGCUUGAUGUUGAUCGAGACGGCGACGGUAAUUUCUGGGAGCAAAAAUGGGCGUCGUUUGACCAAGUGCAUAAUAGAAAUGAAGAUAGUGAGGACGAUGAGGAUGAGGAGGAGGAGACGCAGGAGGAGAGAGAAAAGGUGAAUAACGCUGAAAAUAAUCACGUGACGUGCCAUGUGACUUCUACGGGCGCUACAGACUCCACAGAAACGCUGACUGAUGACAUGACAGCCCCCGCCAGUCCCACAACCACUCGUCGGUUUGGAGGCAGGCUUCGGUCGUUCGUCAAACGGCACACCCGGGGGAGAGAAAGAUAUAGACCCCAUUCGAGGCAAGUGUCACGGGAAGGAAGUGCGACCGGUGAAAAUGAGACCCACCAAUCUAGCACGUCACGUGACGAAAGCACUACGCGUGCCUCUUCUCUUGACUCCAAACACCGGCCUUCGUCUCCGGAUCUUGGUCGGUACAAGGUGCGAGAGCGGGGAUCAGAGUCACACGACUCGAGCGAAGUGUGCGACCGGAAUGACAGCCCACGUGAUGGCGGCGGCGACGGCGACGACCAACCCGGCGAGAUCCACGGCUUUUCCACAACGUUCCUUCAUCGGUUUCAGAACGAGCUGAAUCUCAUCUGCGAACAUCCGUUUGCGCCGUCGGUGUUUCAGGCCACGGGGACCAUGUUCAAGCUGCGGUCCAAGGGUCUAGUUCGUCAAUAUCUCCCCAAUCUACCGUUUCGAGGCUCGCAUUUCGAACAGACCAAGCAGUCUGCGCGGGCGAUUCUUCUCAUGGACCGCUGCGUGGACGCCAAAGACCGGUGUCUCAAAAUCAACGACUUUUGGGGCAAGUACGGACUGUCGCACAAGGACCAGGUCAAUUUCAUGUACACAACGUGCUUCUACGAGCUGAUUCGCGAGGUGGCCAUGAACGUCAAUCGCAUCAUUUCCCAGCUGUUUGAAGAUGAUGAAGCCAAGGUCAGACGCAAGUUUAAGCGCCAGAGAGCCCAUCGAUUAUGGGAGAUGGGAGACUGGCUGGUGAAGAGGGGGGCGGAAAUGGCCGCCAAGAGGGGGAUUAACGUGACCCACAACCCCGCCGUCAAGCCCGAUGAUGUCGUUUCUUCGAUAGUGGCGGUGGUGUCGUACAUGGAAUUUGUGGUGAUUAAUCAUCGACCAUAUCAGACGCAGACGAGGAUUAAUUAUGCGUUUGAAAAAGCUGCUGUUUCAGGUGAUGGUCACGAGAAGAGUGGCAAUGGAGAUUUCCACGUGACUGGCGACAAGAGCAAUCCGAUCCACAAGGCGGCCGCUUCUCUAUGGACUCCCUGGGCUGUUGCUUCCUGCAAUCCUCUGGCACUGGCGGAUCCCCAAAAGGCCGAGGAGUUUUCCAGUUUUGAUUUCCGGUAUGAAGACGUGUUCAAGAAGAAAAAGGACCAGUGCGAGUGUGGCGUUGCUUUGUUUCAGUGA